GAGGAAGAGGGCGUAGGCUCAGCAGCCGGUAGAGGAGGAAGGUGCAGGGACUAUUGAGCUGCUCGCGCACAACCGCGAGGGGUCCAGGCAGCAGCACGAGCGAUGCAAGUGGAGGGUCUCGAGGAAACAGCCUAAAUAGAAGCAGCUCGGCCGAGGUUCGUCUUGAUUCUGUUGCAAGUGUGAAGAUAAAAGGCAGCACAGCCAGCAUGUCGGUGCUCGCUCUGCAAGAGUACGAAUUCGAGAGACAAUUCAACGAGGACGAAGCCAUACGAUGGAUGCAGGAGAACUGGAAGAAGUCCUUUCUCUUCUCUGCACUCUACGCCGCCUUUAUCCUCGGGGGCCGCCAUGUCAUGAAACAGAGGGAGAAGUUUGAGCUGAGGAAACCACUGGUGCUAUGGUCGCUCACACUUGCUGUAUUUAGUAUAUUUGGUGCCAUCCGUACUGGAAGUUACAUGACAUACAUCCUCAUGACAAAAGGGCUUAAACAGUCGGUUUGUGACCAGAGUUUUUACAACGGGCCCGUGAGCAAGUUCUGGGCAUAUGCCUUUGUACUUAGUAAAGCACCAGAACUGGGUGACACCCUCUUCAUCGUCCUGAGGAAGCAGAAGCUCAUCUUCCUCCACUGGUACCACCACAUCACCGUGCUCCUCUACUCCUGGUACUCCUACAAAGACAUGGUGGCUGGCGGCGGCUGGUUCAUGACCAUGAACUACUUGGUCCACGCCGUCAUGUACUCUUACUAUGCCUUAAGGGCAGCCGGCUUCAAGGUGUCCCGCAAGUUCGCCAUGUUCAUCACACUGACCCAGAUCACCCAGAUGCUGAUGGGCUGUGUGGUCAACUACCUGGUGUACUCGUGGAUGCAGCAGGGCCAGGAGUGUCCAUCUCACAUGCAGAACAUUGUGUGGUCCUCCCUCAUGUACCUCAGCUACUUUGUGCUCUUUGUCCAGUUCUUCAUUGAAGCCUACCUGAGCAAGUCUAGAUUGGCUGCGGCGGCGGCUGCCGCUAAGAAGAGUGAAUGAACAAAUGCUUCAAAUUUAGGAAGAAGGGUGAUCAUGAAGAAAAAAGGGAGUAGGAAAUGGAGAACAGGGACCAGUGACUUGAGAGUCUGUUGGGGUUGUUGGAAUGAAAGAUGAAUGAGGGUGAAGGUGGUGUGGAAGCUUAGGGAGUCAGGGUAGGGGCAGGGGUGGGAGGGUCAAAAAUGAUUGGUUGUGUUUGUGCUUGAGCAUCACUAUUAAUGUGCAGAUCUAAAACGCCUCGAGGGAAGCGACCUCUCCAUCGAGGUGUGCUGAGAAAGCAGCGCCGCCAUGAUCAGAAGCCAUCACAAGUUGUCCGCCUGAAGUUUAAAAGCCCCUUUUUAAAUUCACCAUGAAUCCUUUUUAAAACCUAGAAUACAUAACGAAAAGGACAAAAAUGACCAGAUGAAAAAUACAUCUGCAAAGAGCAUAUGUUUACGUGAUAUUAAAAAAGGAAAUUAAAAUGUACGUAUGAAGAUGGAUGGAGUCAGAGUUAACUUAAGCCAUCUGAGUAUGUUUUUGUCCGUCUGUUGUCGUCAGUGUUUGUCUUUGUUUCAAUCUCUCAUAGAAAAGUUUGAGACACUGGUGAGUGUGUGAAGCUGCUGAGUGUUGGUGGUUGAACUGAUGGGGUGAACGGCACUGUUUCUUCUGUGUCUUACAUUGCAAAAAUGUGAUAUUUUCUCAGGUCUUAGGUUAUCUCUUUCUUAAUAUAAUAUGCAUAUCAAGACAAAGUAGACAUGUUUAACAUCAGUACCGAUUUACAGUAUGGCCAAAAUUCCUCCAGUAUGGCUGAUGUAUGAAUGAGGCUGAUUGAACUGACUGACUCAGAUACACUGCUCCUGGGCAUGAUGGGAAACAGAUGCUGACAGUGCCCUGCUUCACCACUCGUCAUGACCUCGCAGAAGUUGCCGACCACACGUGGAAAAUAACUUGCCAUUGAUUUAUAAAUGCUUCUUUGCAUUAAAGGGUACCUUCCAGUGAACAAAACUUGUCUGUUGAACACUGAAAGCUUAAAAGGACAAACAUUUAUGUUUAGCAAAAAAAAGAAAAAAAAUCAAACAUGCAAAUUGUUAAAAUCUGCUGUAUUGAGUUUAAAAAUAGUAUGUAUCUUUAAUGGUGUUUGUUGUGCUAUUGUGCAUUUGCACUGUAUCAUUGUCAGAAACUUGUUGCUGAAAAAACUUAACGUACGAACAAAGAGUGCAAAAUUGUGACAUAUA